AUGGUGCGUCUUUCCUCUCUUUUUACCUUCCUCGGGCUCCUGGGCACGCCUCUAGUGGCUGCGGCCUUCAACGAAACAGAGCAGAAUGAGAAUGCUACCUGUGAUAAUAAAUGCUUCUAUAGCUCCUUCAACGGGUCCUGCGCCAACGACGCGACAUGCAUGUGCGACCAGACGAAAUACCGCGAAACCUACUUUUGCUGCCUGGGAACGAAGUGCGCCAGCUCCGUCUUACCUGACGCCAUCGUUCGUCAGGAAUCAGCUUGCGAAGCCUGGAAUAUGCCAUUCACGUUCGAUGCCUUGGCUGUUUGCGGAAUUACCCUGACCACCUCCACGACUGUCUCUACAAGCGCUGCUUCUACCGGCGCCGCGAACUCCGCCGCGUCGACAACCUCCACAACCUCCACAGCCUCGGCGACCGCCUCUGCCGGUUCCUCCACUGGUACAUCAGCGGUAUCUUCCACCAAUGCAUCCGGGUCAACGUCUACGGCCAGUAAGGCCAGCACGGGUACGUCGACAUCAACCCCGACGGGUAAUGGCGCGUCGUCAAACAAGGUUAUGCUGAAUGCUGUUGUGGGUAUCGUUGCUGCAUCGGUGAUGUUGUCCUAA